ACGCGGCGCGUGACGUCACGAGACAUGGCGCUCGUGCGGAAAAGUGAUGCUUGACCACUGUGUUUACUGCGCUUUUGAUUUUUCCACGAACCCGGGAGUGUUACAAUGCUGGAAAAAGACACAUCAUCGCAUUUAAUCGUCCUAGAGAGGUAGUGAACGAACGAGCGGUUUCAAACGAUGAGAAUUAAUCGUAAAUAAGACGCCGGUAGCGGUUAGCAUUAGCUUAGCUCGAUGCACAUCAUAGCUCUGUCGUGUUAGCUAACGCUCAUAACACGACAUAUGACUAAUAUCGCACAACAUGAGUCUUUGACAGGGCGGAUAUGACAAUAUAGAUGUACAUAGACGUAGAUGAGCCAAUUCGGGCGUCCUUCGUGUUAUUUAUUUAGAUGUAAUAGCUGUUUGUUGGUAGUUGAGCUAGUGGAUUAGCUGCAGUGGUGAGGAUGGAGGCUCUUCUUGCAGGUGUGUGUUUACUGGGAUUUGCCACACUCACACAAGCUGCUCCAGUCUCAAAAACACACGCAGCAGAGGCUGCCGGUGGAUAUGUGGAUUUCUCCCUGAUCAUCCCGCUGCUGCUGUCUCUGGCUGUGUUAGUGGCCCUCGUGGUUUUGCUGCUCAACUGUGCUUCCUGCUGCAAAGAGCAAGAGAUCAACUUUAAGGAGUUUGAUGACCACUUUGAGGAUGAGGUUGAUUUCACGCCCCCAGCGGAGGACACCCCCUCUAUGCAGUCGCCAGCGGAGGUUUACACACUCGCCGUUCCCCCUGUGCCCCUCCCUGGACCCCCUCACCUCCAACUGCCCCGCUUAACAGACGUCUCAUCAGGUCCUCACGUGGCACGACACUCUCUCAGUUACAUUCAGGAGAUCGGGAGCGGCUGGUUUGGAAAGGUUCUGCUCAGUGAGAUCUAUGUGGACCCUGCAGUCGCCCGAGCCGUUGUCAAAGAGCUGAAGGCCAGCGGCAGCUCCAAAGAGCAGAACGAGUUCCUGCAGCAGGGCGACCCGUUCAGGGUUCUUCAGCAUCCCAAUAUUCUGCAAUGUCUUGGUCAGUGUGUGGAGGCCAUUCCUUUCCUGCUCAUUUUCGAGUACUGUGAACUGGGGGACCUGAAGAGUUACGUCUCUCAGCAUGAAUGGCUGUACAGGAAUGGAGAACUUCUACAGCUGCAGAAAAUGGCCUGCGAGAUCGCUGCGGGAGUCACCCACAUGCACAAACACAACUUCCUGCACAGUGAUUUGGCUUUGAGGAACUGCUAUCUCACAACGGACCUUACUGUCAAAGUAGGAGACUAUGGCAUUGGCCCUACCAGUUUUAAGGAAGAUUACAUCACCACAGAGGAUGACCAAUGCGUGGCACUGCGCUGGCUCUCCCCUGAGCUGAUUGGUGAGCUGCAUGGGGGCUUGAUCACAUCAGAACAGACUAAACCCAGCAAUGUUUGGGCACUGGGUGUGACAUUAUGGGAGCUGUUUGAAAGUGGAAAGCAGCCAUAUCCUCUCUUGUCAGAUAGAGAAGUGCUUCAUCAUGUGCUCAAGGAUCAACAAGUCAGACUUCUCAAGCCACAACUGGACUUACCAUACUCAGAAAGAUGGUAUGAAGUUCUACAGUUUUGUUGGCUCCCUGCAGACAAGAGGGCCACUGCUGAAGAAGUCCACCGCCUGCUCACUUAUCUCCGUAUGCAGGGUCAAAAAGAUGUGGAGGAUGACUUCGAGCAGCGCUGGAGCUCUCUCAAACCCAAUCCUACUACUCGUCAAGCCACCGUCAGUCAUUCCUCCUUCCCCAUCCUGGAACAGUUUGAUGACGGCCGAGAACCAGACGAGGUGCUCACAGUCACCGAAACGAGUCGUGGACUAAGUUUUGAAUAUGUGUGGGAGGCAGCCAAGCAUGACCACUAUGACAACCACAAUCGUUCUGCCUUGGACACUACUUUGAAUUACCACAGUAUGUUCUUUCCAGUGCCACGGCAGGACAUUCAGGCUCAUUUCCCUGACACUGUAGCGCAAGCAGAAGAUGGCAGAGUCCCGGAAACCUUGCCAGUUUUUGAUGCACACAAAGCAUCCUCUGGAAAUGACUAUUUUAUUAAGUUGGAGGAGCUAGAUGAGAGUGAAAUUGGGAUGGAGGAAAGUCAGGGUGCUGAAGGUACCAAUGCUUCGGAGCAAGAUCAGUUUGUAGUCUUACAGGAUGUCCGAUUGGAUGAAUCCAGCACAGAUGCUGAUUUCUUUCAUCAGAGCAUUGACUCAAAAGACUCUUUCCUUCAGGACAGCCACAUAUGGUCCUCGAGUGAACAUGAUAGCCCUUACCAUACUAACAUUUUCAGUGAGGGUGAUGCAAAACUGGAAGAUUCUCAUUCAUUCAAGGGAGGUUUCAUGGAGCUCCCAGAGAUGAAUGUACCGAAGAGGGAUUCUGAGGGUGAAACUAAUAGUAAUGAGGCAAGUAAAUCUUUUUUAGGGGUUGGACCAGAAGCCAUUCAUCUGGACAUCUCCGAUACGGACAGUUCAGAUGUAAUGAUGCUUCUUAACACUGAGAAACUGGCUGACAACUUCUUAUUUCUUAAAGAUAACAGCCUAAUGAAGGACAAGUCUGCGCUUUCACAGCCCGACUCAAAAAAUAUAGAGGAGACCAUGAGCUCCAUUGUUGAGACGGAUGUCUCAGAUAGUGUAAACCUUACAGGUGACUCUUUGAAAUCAGCUGUGAAUUCUACGCAGCUGAAGGAUGAAUUCUUGGACUUAGUCAGCCCGAUUUUAGAAGAUUUUCUGUCGCCUUUGAAAGGAAAUGAAACAAUGGUGCCUUUUGAUAUUUUAGUAACAGGACAGACCUGUAGCAACCACCUGCCAGACUCAAAUGGCUCUUUGCAUUCCCCAAAAUCUGGGAUUUACUCCUCUUCCGAGUCUACCUCGAGUGUUGAGGUCAUUGUUGACAGUCCAUCUAAAAGUCAUCAGUUCCUUGAAAGUGCCACUACAGAUACACUGCAUAUGUGCAUAGAUGCCAAACCCCCCAGACUUGAAGAAUGCUUUGGAGCCUCAAAGGAGAAUGGGCAGUAUAAAGGAAUCAUAGACACAGCUGUGCUUAGCUUUACUACUUCACCUGUUGGUGAAUGUACAGAAGGUGGCCUCACUGAAGGUCUAACAAGUAGUGACUCAAUGAGUGAUAUAAUGGAACUAGAUAAGAAGACCGCCAAGGAUAUUGCACUCUUAGAAGCCAUCGACCAAGAUCAAGAAGCUUUAUUGGACAACCAUGUAACUCAGGACAUGUCCUCACUGUUGGUUUCAGACUCCUGUCUUGACCAAAUAAGUCAGGACAGCCUUCUCGAUGAUAGCACCUUAUCCACUCUUCCAACCAUUGAGAAUUUGGCUGAAACGCCAGACUCUUUAGAUUCUUUGGACAUGCAUAGGGAUGUGGUGCAUGGACAGUCAUCGGAAAAUCCUGUAAAUAAUAAGCUUCAACCCCCAUACAAAGCCGCUGACAGUGGGUAUGAAACAGAGAACUUGGAGUCCCCCGAGUGGAACUCUCAAACAGGCUUGAGGGAUUCCUCUGAAGAGAAUGAGAUGAGUAGUGCCAGGGAGCCUAUGGCCCUUGUUCCACCGGAAAUCGUUGUGUCUGAGGUGGACAGUGUACCUGACGUUCAGGUAAAUGCUGGUGGAGUUGAUCACCAACAAGAACUUGGUGAAGUCCCCUUGGGAGGAAACUACAGAGACUCUGCUUACUUCUCAGACAAUGAGGAACUAGAUAAAAAGAGUGAUGACAUUGGUGGAAGCAGCCCCGGAGAUGCCUCGUUUUGGCUCCAGGGUAAUCGAGAAGCUGGCGAAAGUCAAGGAGCCGAAGCUGUUGGGGAGCAUUCGGUGUCCGAGAUAUCCCUUCAAUCUGCAGGUCCUACUUUAGAAUCAACUGAUGGUGAUGUGCAGACUCCUUUGCCUGAGUUGGUUCUCACCACUGAGGAAGAUUGGAGCCAGGAUAAACCAUUGACUGUUGACGACUUGGACCAUACUGAUCCCCAUGCAGCCCCAGAACAUGCAGCAACACCACCUACCUCAAUGCAGCCCUCAACAGACGUCAAGGUCCAUGCAAAGCUUACAAGGACAUACGCUGGGGAGGGAACAAAGAAAAAAGAGCCAGAUAUGGAGGGGAGGUACUUAGGAAAGCUCGAUGGAUCCUCAGUGGAAUAUGGCACUGAGGAUGGAAUGGAUGCUGAUGAAGAAGAUGAGAACAGUGAUGAGUCGGAUGACGAUAUGCGUGCCUACCGAUUACACAGCUCUAGCUCUGAGUGCAGUGAGGAUGAAGUUGUGCACCCGGUACCCGUUAUCAUCUCGGACAACAGCAGUUCCCUCAGCCUCAAAAGCUUACUGAAACCCAAAUCCCUUCAGACUGCUAAAGCAACAUCAGAAGAGGGCAGUGAUGGAAUUAAUAGACGUGGCGUGUCGUUCUUUGAUGACGUCACUGUCUACCUUUUUGACCAGGAAACCCCAACAAAGGAGCUUGGUGAGCAUACUCUUGACCCCAGUAGUCAAUUGUCUGAUUUCAACAGUCCAGUGUCGUCCUCCAGCUACUUUAAUAGAUUUACCAACUCUGAGAGCUCCACCGAUGAAGAAGGUGGCGCAUUUGAGUGGGAUGAUGACUUCCCAUCUCCAGAACCCAAUUUUCUUGCAAAAGCAGCCAGUGAUCAUUCUGCCAGUCGGUCCAGUGGGACCUCGGCAGCUUCUAAGUAUUUGUCACCACCCCCUGCGAACCGCACCUUGGAGCAGAGCUGGAACAGUCCCUCCAACUACACGCGCUUCUCCAUCUCGCCAGCCAGCAUCGCCAGCUUCUCCCUCACCCACCUCACAGACUCCGACAUUGAACAAGGGGGAAGUGGUGAAGAUGGAGAGAAAGAUUAACUAAUCUUUUGGAGACUGUAUAUGUGACGGAUAUAUUUGCUUCGAAGGUUUUGAUUGCUUCUCAGGCAGCAUUGGUAUUUAUUUGAGGUUAUGAAGGGGAUUGCACAUGAGAUAUGAUUUGCAUUGUUUUUCAUCAGUGCAAACUUUGCUUCACAUAUGCUUUAGAAACUUUCACGCGCUUCCCAAGUGUCCUGCCUCACUUUUUUUUUCUCCUUUUGCUCGUAUGCAUUACUUCUUAGUGUCCACAUUUUACUUCAAAAGGAUGAAGCUGAAAUCGUAUCGUUUAACCAGAGGAGUCCCUCUUAAACACUAAUGAGCCAAUCGACUCAAACUCACUUGUGCAAUUGAAACCGUACAAUACUUGCCUUUUAUUUUAACACACUGGAUUUUUUUAUUUUUUUUUUAAAAUGUGAAAUCUAGUGUGACUUGCUUAUUUAUAUGAUUGUGUAUCGGGUUAGAUGUCCAAUAGAAGCUGUAUGGGUCUCUCCAUAGAUAUUUUUGUACAGUGUUUGGACCGUUGAUUCAUGACAACGCACCACUUUCACCCAAGCGACAAAUUUCAUAGUUCCAGUGACAUGUUUUGUAUUACAUGAUGUAAAAGUCAGGAUAUGAGCAGCUGAGACGCUAAUAAGUCUUAAAGUAGUGAGCAGUCAUUGUGGUCGAUUCAUGAGGAAGUCUUAUGGAGUGCUGCAUAUCAGGGCUUUUUGUUGAAGCUUUGUGGGAUUGUGUAUUGAAUGGGCCGUCGCAGUGCCUCACAGCCCCUCUCCUCCCGUGUCUUCAUCCUUGCUGAAUGUUGUGCAAGUUUUGGGGAUUCUCACCCAUCUAGAACAUACCAAGGUCACAUUUCACCUCAAAAUCAAAAGAAAGAAAAGUAGAUUUCGCCAGAAAAUUAAGCCUUUUUUUGGGAUCAGUAAGACUUUUUCAUUGUGGAAUAAUUUCAAUGUGAAAAUAAGUAAUGAUAUUAUAUUUCAAUUGUAAAGUGUUAUUACAAUGGUAGUUUUGUCUUACCGAUUUAAAAUGCUAAUGAUACUAAUAGAUAUUUUGCAAAUAUAUAUAUUUCUCUAGAUUUUGGAUUGAAAUGUGACCCAGACAUUUUUUUUUGUGAGAUUCACUUUGACUGUGGAUUGAUCUACAAGUUAAUUCUGAACGGUGUCGCAGAGAGACUAGCUCGCAACUAGCAGGACUUCCAGGUGACGGCUGCUUGCGAGCAUCGAGUAGGAAUACUGUUCAAUGGAAAAACAAAAGAACCUCCUUACAUUUCUGAUUCCCUGUGUUCACUUUAAAAAGCAGCUUGUAAACACUCAAGGGAUUGGAAAUGAUUUAGUUUUUCCUCUUUUGUGCAUGUAUUAUUCAUUGGACCUGAAAGUCAUAGGCCAGUCUUGCUGCUCCGAAUGCUUUUCCUUUGGGUUGACGAUGAACCCGAUCGACUAAUGUAUAUAGCCUUGUAAUGUAUAUUACCUUGUAUCAAAUCAAGGUGAAAACCACACAAUCGGAGGAAAGCACGUUCGACAUCGCCGGUUCAAUCUGGAAGAACGUUGACUUUUGCUAUGACAUACUUAAGAUUGUCUUGCAUAAAUUGGGAGGCUGGUCAUUUGUAAAGGUUAUUGCUGGAAUAAUCGGGUUCAUAGCUUCUACUUCCCCUUGUAAUUCAGUAGAGUAAUCUCUUGUUUUAGACCCGUUGAAUAUCUGUAUUACCAGCACUCAAUCGAAAUUUUAUGAAAGGAAAUUGUUUUAUUCUACAGUAUACUUUGCUUAAUCUUGCACAUCUUUAAAGUGAAACUUAAUGUUGAGUUGUUCUCCUGUAUAUAAAUGUUUAAUUUUGUCUGUAAAUUGGGUAUGAUGUUAGGAAUAGGUAUGAGGACUGAUUUUUUUUGUAAUUUAAUGCUAAAAUGUGACAUCACAGGUGAGAAGUGAUCGAAAAAGACAAAUUAACGAUGGAAUAAAUGGGGAAAUGCAGGUCAUCAUGUCCUUGUAACUUGUACAUUUUAAAAAAUGGUGAUAUUUUUACUUCAUAUUGAUGACGAUGAUCAUGCCUAGUGUCAUUGAAGGAAUGGUUUAUAAUGAAUUGCUCUGUUUAUUAUGGAAUUAAAUGAAAAUUAACUUCUGUCUUA